AUGGCUCUAGAUCAUUUCAAUGCUGGUCUUGCUUUGGAGAAUAUCAUAUCGAACCUUGUGANUUCAGGUCAUCGCGGUACUGUCUCGAUCAGUGCGUAUGGUGAUACGACCAAGGAUCAUCACUUGCCCUCUGAAGGAGUCAAGCUCAAUCAUUUUCCAGCAGGUGUUCCAUUUGAGAGGUUUGGACCUGUGAGGGAUGUCUAUAUCCCCAGAGACUAUUACUCGGGUAUGUUCCACAGAAAAUGUAAUCAUUUUUGUGCUUUCUUAAUCAUACAAUGCAAGUGCUCAGAGUUGGUAGACGCUGAUUGGAUACGUAUGUAUGUGGAGCUUGCAGUUCAUAAAAAGCAUCCAGAUGUCCUUUUACAAUCGCUGAUCAAAUGGCUGAAGAGGCAAUGGAACAUUGUUUCAACUGUGAACCUAGAUUGUAAGCUCGACCUCAAAGCUAUUGCUUUGCAAGCUCGCAAUGCUGAGUAUAACCCAAAGAGUUAUGAGGUGUUAGUGAAACUGAUUGGUUAUAGCAACUUAUAUACGACUUCUAUUUGUAUUCUCGGAUUUGGUUUAAUCUUCGGUGUUUCAUGUUCCAGCGUUUCGCUGCUGUAA